AUGUCUUCAGAGCUAAAAAUUGAAGUGAUCGCCCCUGGGGACGGCAAAACUUUCCCUCAAACAGGCGACUUAGUCACUGUCCACUACACGGGUACUUUAGAGAACGGCAAGAAGUUCGACUCUUCCAGAGACAGACACAAACCUUUCCAGUUCAGACUCGGCCUCGGUAUGGUGAUCGCUGGUUGGGAUCAAGGUUUUGCCAAAAUGUCUCUUGGUGAAAAGGCCAUCUUAACUAUUCCUGGUCAUAUGGCUUACGGUGACAGAGGAUUUCCUGGUUUAAUUCCUCCUAAUGCUACCUUGAUCUUUGACGUUGAGAUGUUGAAGAUUAACUAA